CCUGGAAAAACUACACUUCCCGGCGUGCAGCUGUUUGUUACCUCCUCCUCCUCCUCCUCGGAGUGUAAAUCUUGCAAGGCUAACAAAAGAGCAACCGGCUAAGCAAGCAGCAGCAUCAGGACCAGCGAACCGGGGUCCGCAAUACGGAGCCGCACUCUUCUCCAUCCUUCCAAGACCGCCCCGCGGAAGAGUGUGUGGGGGGGGGAAUAAGAGCCAUGGCCGGAGGGACCCCCGCGCAGGUGCUGGCGGCCUUCGGGGAUGUGGCGAUCUGCUUCUCAGCGGAGGAAUGGGCAGAGCUGGAUGGAUGGCAGAAGGACCUCUAUCGUGAAGUCAUGGCCGAGAACUUCCAGCUGGUCUCCUCGCUGGAAUGUCUACUGGCCAUCCCUGAACUCUUGUCCCAGCUGGCACGAGGAGAGGUGUCCCAGAUCGGUGCCAGGCCACCUCCGGGGCAAGAUGGGGAGUGCCAAGUUGUGAGACCGGAGCAGGAGGCGAAAAGCACCGAGGGGUUGCAAGGGCCUUCUGAGCAGGCGAAGAAGGCCAGCGCCCACCAUCCCUCUACGCCGGGAAAGAAGCCCAAACGGCCAGUUUCGCAGGCUGGAAGAAAGGAGCCCCCUGCGGGUGAAGGAGAGGGCAUCCCGGAGCCGAAGCCCAGACCUCGGAAGCGGGAGAAACCCUACAAGUGCCCCAAAUGUCGAAGAAGCUUCCUGGGACGUGUCGCCUUGGCUGCCCACCGGCGUCUCCACGUCCGUAAGUGGCCCCGGGUCAUCCCCCAGGCAGCUGGACACUCCCCGCAUGCCCCAGAGCUGGCCGGGCCCCAGGAGGGCGAGAUGGGCACUGGGGCCAGCCCCUUCCCCAGCAGCCAGGGCGAGGGCACACUGCCCUUCUGGCCAGAGAUGGCUUUGCACCAGCAGGGUCCACCAGCCGCCAGCUUCAACCCGUGGGCUCUUGGAUAUGGGCCGCAGCCGCUGCCCGGCCACCAGGCACCCGGGCUGCCAAGCAACGGGGAGUUUAUCUGCGACCAGUGUGGGUGGAGCUUCCAUGGCUGGGAGGAGCUGGUCACCCACCAGAUGGCUCACAUGGCAGCUGAGGGCAUCGCAGGCUCGGUGCCUAAGGCGGAGGCGUUGGCACACCUGGCCACUGACCGGCCGUACGCCUGCACGCAGUGCGGCAAGAGCUUCCGGCACAAGCCCAACCUGCUGGCCCACCGGCAGGUGCACACAGGCGAACGGCGUUAUCAGUGUCAGGAGUGCGGCAAGUCCUUCGGCAGCAAGGCAUACCUGGCCUCCCACCAGCACAUCCACACCGGCGAGAAGCCAUACGUCUGCGCCCAGUGCGGCAAGAGCUUCCGCCACAAGCCCAACCUCAUCUCCCACCAGAAAAUCCACUCGCGGGAACCCCUCGCCCACAGCAGCCCGCACCCUCUCGAGGCCUUCAACGGGGAAGCAUUUGCCAGCCAGCAGCGUCCGGUGCCUGAGUCUCUAGGUCUGGAUGCCUUCCAGCCUGUCCGCCUUGCUGCCGACAUGCUCCUGCCUUGCGCCCGGGGCACCACCCCGCUACCCCAGCUGGCCGGGAUCCUUCCUCCACCCUCGCCCCAGCCGGCGGUGGAUCGUCCCUUCGUCUGCCCGGUGUGCGCCAAGCAAUUCCGUUGCAAGCCGUACCUGGUGGCCCACAUUCGGAUCCACACUGGGGAGAAGCCAUACGCCUGCAGCCGCUGUCCCAAGCGCUUCUCCCAAAAGUCGAACCUAGUCUCGCAUGAGCGCUUGCACACGGGCGAGAAGCCUUACGCCUGCCCGCUCUGUCCGCGCGUCUUCAGCCAAGGCUCCAACAUGCGGGCGCAUCAGCGCAGCCACAGGAACAUGACUGGAGCCGAGGUGGAGGUGGGACUCCGUCCGGGAUACCCAGGCCAACAGAUUCAGCAACCGAAUUAGAGGAGGGGAUGGUCUUUCUGCAGCUGUGCGCCGAGUCUCGGCUUCUCCCCCUCCAACCUCUCUUCCACGUUUUCCUUGGACAAGGGUGCGCACAAAAUCUAUGGAGAAGUCCUUCCUGCCUCCAAGGGCUGUCCCUGACACCCUGGAGGCCAGCAGAAGGUGCCUUAGUUUUCUUCUGGGGGGAUGUGAGAGGGACCCCAACACCUGGCACCGUGCCCUGGGUCUCCAAGAACUGAGGAGAGGCUGGCAAGGAGACAACGACUGCUUUUUAGGAUUUUGCUGGCGUUGAAACUCGGGAGCUACGUCGCGGCGUGCGGGAAGUUUUCAGAAUACAGAACGACCGAGUUGGAAGGACCUUGGAGUGGUCUUCUAAACCAACCCUCUGCCCAAGUAGGAGACUCUAUCAGGUUCCAGAUGGAUAGCUGUCCUGUUAUCUUCAGAGGUGGAGCAAAAUUGGGGUGAACAUCCGUAGGCAGAAUUGUUCCCGAAAGAGUCCCAGGUAGAGGGGUGCACAGUGGGUGGAGAAUUGGCUUAUCCCCUCCCUCACGACAUUAACUCUUCUUCGGUCUCCAAGGGCCGUCCCUCGGGGAGGGAAAAGGGGAAAAAAAAGUAGGGCAGUUUCCACAAAUGAUUCCCUCCCACCCUAGUGAGAUCAGUACAGGGACCUCAGUUUCACCAUGAUCUACGGGACACCAACAACAACGACGGGCAAAACGUACGGCUUAAAAAGGCGAGCAGGGGAUCGUCCCUGCGGGGACAAAGGAGGGUCUUCUGGUCCAUCUCCAAGGCCCCUGAAGAUCCCUGGAGACCCUUCUGGAUCUCUGUGGGAGAGCUGCGUCGUUCGAGUCCCUGCACGCGAUGAAGGCUGGCCGCGUCGCGCCACACUCUUGCUCUUGUUAUUUCCCUAUUUAUAGAAAGAGUAGAAUUUGGGUUGUUGGAAAGAGGUGAGAAGAGGCCGGAUUGCCUGCUUCCAAUUCCUGACGUCCGUCAACAGCCGCGAGGCUAGCUCUGUGCUGGAAAACGAUGCGUUAGUUCACGUUUCCACCAAUUUCCUACUGUAUACUCUUAAAAAAUAACAUAAAUAAAGAGGUAGAUGUUA